AUGCCCGGCUUGAAGAAUGCCUGGGAAGUCAUGCCCGGCCUGACCGAGGAGCAGAGGACCUUGCUCCUCGCGAUGCUCGACUCGAUGGCCGUGGACACGCCGCCGCGUUCGGAAAAAGAUUUCUCGGAAGACAAGCCCGACCCGACGGCGGACGAGAUGGACUGGUUAAGCAGCAUGUUCGAGUCGUUGGAAGCGGACACACCGCUGGACCCGAUCGCGCAAAACCUAACCCCAGCGGGGCGCCGCAUCCUGCUCGACCCGGCCAACAUCAACCCGACCCCGCCGGUCAACGACAUGGCGACCGCGCUGCACACGCUGCGGACGGACAUGACAACAACCAGCGUCGCAGGGCUGCAGGCGCUGGCGGCGCGGUACGGCAGGCACACGCACUUCGCGCGGCGGCUGCGGCUGGAGGGCACGCGCACAGGGCCCAACACCCCCUUCCAGCGCAGACCGGACCACACCAUCCAGGUGCCCAUGGACAUCCCCGAGGUGCGGUGCCUGCACGAUCUGCUCCGGGACCACUUCCCACUGAUCUCGGAGUUCGAGCUGGCGCUGGGCCCCGCGGGCGCCGCCUUCACGGACGUCAUCAACCCCGGGGACGUGCCCAAGUGCCUGAUCCGGAUGCUCAAUAGCCUGCGGCGGCGGAUCACGCACCUGUCCCUCGUCUCGGAGGCGGACGACUGGAACAUCGAAACGCCGAUGGAGUUCUUCGUGCCGCGCCUGCAGGACUGCGUGCUGGAGGACCUCGAGGAGCUGCGGGUGCAGUGGCCGUACUGCGUGGACGACAGGAUGGAGUGUCCGCCACGCGCGCAGCCGCACCCGUGGCUCAAGUUCUACAAGCGCAUCUUCAAGAGCCCGCUCCGCACGCUCGUCCUCGAGGGCAGGGGGAUGCACUGCUUAUUCCCCCCCGCGGGGCCGACGUUCAACGCCAUCCCCGUGGGCGGCUGCAACCUACGCCACCUGACGCUGACCAACCUCGUGCUGACGGCCUACGACAUGUGCAUCCUGAUCCCAAAGCUCCCGAAGCUCGAGUCCAUCACGCUCGACAAGAUCCAGUUCGAGGGAGAAUGGCCGCAGGUGCUGAAGAUGCUCGCGGACCUAUGUCUGUGUCUGGAAAGAUUCAAAUUCCUGGAGGUGGAGUGGGUGCUCGACCGCCACCACCGCCAAAAGGCCGUCAGCAUCACUUUCAGUGGUUCUUCAGAGGAGGUUGAUGUUCAUCAGUGCCUGCGCCGGCUGGCUUCCUUCGAUGAGAGGCUGCGUUGCCGCGCCGAUUCUACCUUGUGA